CGGGUAGGGGAAGUCGACCCCGGCGGUUGGUUCCGCUCAGCGGAGGAGAGAUGGGGAGGCGUAGGGCUCGGGUUGAGGUAGGAAGGAGCCCGUCCCUCAACGCCUCCCGUGACGCUAGUCCCUGAGCCGUGAUGCGAGCGUGGGUCCUAUUCUCCGCGGUGCUCUGGUAUCUCGCAGGAGUUGGAUGGCAGCGAUCGUCCUUAUUCAGUAAGAAAGGCUACGUUUAUGGCCAGCCAGGACACCCAGUGAAAAUAUAUGUAAAAUUACAUCAAAAUAGCCCAGUCCUUAUCUGUAUGGAUUAUAAAUAUGCUAAGAAAGAAAUAGUGGACCCCACCUACAUAUGGAUUGGGCCUAAUGAAAAGACAUUAACAGGAAAUAAUCGAAUAAAUAUAACUAAAGUAGGAGAGCUAUUGGUGAAAGAUUUUCUGGAACCUUUGUCUGGACUUUACACAUGUACUUUUUCUUAUAAGACUGUCAAGGCAGAAACCCAAGAAGAAAAAACAAUACAAAAGAGAUACGACUUUCUGCUGUUUGCCUAUCGAGAACCUGAUUAUUCAUAUCAGAUGGCUGUACGUUUUACCACGAAGUCUUGUGUAGGAAGAUAUAAUGACCUUCUCUUUAGAGUGCUAAAGAAAAUCUUGGAUAAUCUAAUGUCUGAUUUAUCAUGCCAUGUCAUAGAACCGUCAUAUAAAUGUCAUUCUGUGGAAAUUCCAGAACGUGGCCUCAUACACGAGCUAUUUAUAGCCUUUCAAGUUAAUCCUUUUGCACCAGGAUGGAGAAGUUUAUGCAAUAAAUCUGAUGACUGUGAAGAUAUUACUAAUCAUAAUGUCCUCCAGUGGUUUGUAGUCCUGGGACUUUUAGUCCUGAUGUCGAUGUUAUUUGUCAGCCCUGCAUUUCUAUCCAUAUCUAUGGAGCUAAAUCGUGCCCAUAAACUUCAAACAAAAAUCAGCAAUAUGAAGACUAGAGCCCUGGUCUAAGAAAUAAAGCCCUGACAUGGCAACAGAGUUAUAUCUUCUGGCUUACUCAGUGGAAACAGAAGUUGGAACAGCAUCCCCCCAAUUUGCUGCUGGAAAAGUCUCACACUACCUUUCUUUUUCAUCUUGUGCACUUGUAGUACUUAGAUGUCACAUUUCAUAUAACUGUAUCUACCAAAAGAGUCACUAUUGAAUAAAAUUAUGUACUUUGUACUACUGCAA